AUGCCUCAGGAUAUGCCGCCAGUGGGCGGCUACGAGCCAGUCCAAUACCGCCGAAACCUGCCAGUCCGUGGCUUCAGACCCGCGUGGUACCUCGUCGCAGUCGCCGGCAUCAUGACAUACGGAUUCUACAGAGUUGGGCAGGGAAUCAGAGAGCACAAUGAGCUCGCACGAGAAAAGAUGUGGUCACGGAUCCACCUUAUCCCACUACUACAAGCCGAAGAGGACCGCGACUUGGUGCGAAGGCAUCUCGCACAGAAGAAGAUGGAGGAGGAGCUUUUGGGCAAGGCUGUCCCAGUAUACAACAACGACCGGUUCGUGCGGCCGACAUACGCAGUCACCCCUUCGAAUGUUACGAAGUAG